AUGUCAGAAAGUAAGGUUCAAGAACUAAUUGAAAUUGUUCAGAAUUCGCUUGAAGAGGACCCUAGAACCGUAAGAUUGGGAAUGAGGGGUCUUCGCGAAAUUCCACUUGAAUUGAUAAAUUUGACAACUUCAAAUAAUUAUAGAAUUGAAAGACUUGGGCUUGAAACAAAUCAUUUAUCAACGCUUCCCACAGAAAUUUGUAACUUAACAUAUUUAAGAUAUCUGAAUGUUUCUAAUAAUGAGUUUAAAAAAUUUCCUGAAACGCUAUGCUUAAUUCCAAGUUUGGAGAUAUUGGACAUUAGUAAAAACAAAAUUAAGAAAUUACCAAAGGAUUUUAGAAAAUUGAUGUCAUUGAAGAACUCUGUCGCUAUUGAUGUAAUAUGGAAUCUUAAUCGAAAUCUUAUAAAGAAGCUUCCUAUUUAUAUCGCAGAUAUGAAAGAAUUACAAUACUUAAAAAUUGAUAAUAACCCAAUCCAAUUUCCUCCAAAAAAUAUCCAUAUGAUGCCAAAAGGAGAAGAUAAAGAAAUCAUGCCGGACGAAAUUCUGUUGAAAUGGAAGAAAGUGAUAAUAGCAGGUUUGUCUAAUAGUGACAAUGGAAUUGAACGAGAUAUAAUAGCACGUAGUAAAUCAUUGAAGAAAUCAACAUCAAUAGACACAUACCUUCAUCCAACUUCUAAUUCUCCAAACGCAAGCACCAAAACUGAAAAUGAACAGGGGUCAUCCAAACUUGAAAAGAAACGGCCAAAUUAUAAGCUAAGCUUAGAUUUUCCGAUAGCACGUCGUGAAAGGAGUUACAGUAAUGACUUUGAUUCUAUGUCAAAGAAUUUUCGGAGUACAUUUAUCCGAACUCAUUCGAAAAGUUAUUCGCAAGAUUCAAUAAGUUCACAUGGUAGCCAAAAUAGUAUUUCAGAAGAGCACAGUAGCGACUUUUAUUUCCAAAAACUUAAAACACUUCCGCCAACCGAUAAACUUCCGAUGAGCGGUUUAUCUUUAAGAGAGGCUAGUCGAAAUAUUUUAUACGCUUUGUCUCAAAUACAUAAAGCGAUGUGUCAAUUCAUAUCCUUUACCGGCAGCGAAAGGAUUUUCUUUACAGAGCUUAAUAAAACAAAUGCAUCAUUAGGACAACUAAGUAUGAGAUUACAAAGAUUUGACAUUUUUUCACAGAAAGCCGCACCAGAUGCUGAUCAUUGCAUUAAAUUACUCGGAUCAUGCCAGGAAAAUAUAACAAAUUUUAAAAUUCUUUUAGAUUUAUUUAACAAACGUAUCAAAACUUUAACACAAUCACCGGAUAACCUGCGAUAUUCGCGCACGCUUCUAUUAAUAUUUCAUGGUGCCAUAGUAGAUAUUAAGUUUGCAUGGGAAAAUAUAUUACCUCUUUUAAAUAACAACAUGCCUUUUACAGGAAUACCUAUACCUAUGCGUUCAAAGUCCAUAACACGAUCAAAUAGUAGUAGUAAUCUUAAUGGGUAUUCCUACUCUAAUGGACUUUUGUCUAAUGGUUCAUCACACACGAAUGGAAUCAAUGUUUCAUCUGUUGGAAUGUCAAUAACGAAUAAUUCUCAUACUGAUGUCACAUUUCCACCUCUGAUAUUUGAACAAAUGCUUAUAAAAGUUGAUGCUGCUAUCAAAUGGGUUGAAAAUGUCGGAAAACAUUUAUCUGAACAUCUCGAGAAUGCUCUUGGUUCAUCAAUGGAUGUUCCUAUAUCUCCUGUAAAAAUAAAAUUGAAAGAGCUGAAAUUACAUAUGAAAAACGUGUUUGACGUAACAAGGCAAUUGAAAAAAUCUUUAUUGGCAGCAAAAUUUUCACAAAAUGAACAUUUGAACAUACAACUUAAAGUUUAUAGUACCACAAUCGUGUUUCUCCAGGCAACAGUGAAAAUGUCUACAUUGGCUAAAGAUAUUUCACAGGAAUGGCGACUUAACAACAAAAUUAUGUCAGGACUAGGACAUGUUACUAAAUCUAAUAUUGAACUUACAAAUUUUCUUCGAGCAAUUGAAUAUGAAAAUUUGCCUAUUCGCAUACCGUCACCACCACCUCCAAGUGAGGCAGAAUCGGAAAAAAGUGAUGACUUUAUGGUUUAUAAUGCUUUUUUGGAUCAGGAUGUUAAUUCAAAAUCAAAGAUUACUUAUGAAGAACAAACAGAGAAUUCUAAUUUAACUGCCGAUGAGUCUACUAUUCAAGACUAA